AUCCCAUUUUCUGAAGUAACGUCUUCACCAUCCCAAUUUAUCAAAAUUCAAUUCAAGCUUCACAAUUUGUUGCAAUAAAUUUAUCAUCAAAAUCCCAAACAAUUACAUACUAUUUACGUAUCUGGAUUUUUUUUAUCUCAUUUCCAGAAACAUUUGGGGGUUUCAAAUUUCAAUUGAAUUCUUCUAAACAAACCUUAUUAUCAUCAUUACACAAAGAAAUGGUUUAUCACUCUAGUUUUGUAGACGAUGAUGGAGUUGACAGAGCUUGUGGUUGCCCUCUUCUUCCUCUAAAAAGCCACAUUAAGGGUCCUGCUCCUGUUUCAGAUCAAGAUAGAACUGAUAUUGUGGAUGAAGCUAUCACAUUCUUCAGAGCCAAUGUGUUCUUCAGGAACUUUGACAUCAAGAGUCCUGCUGAUAAGCUUCUAAUAUACUUGACUUUUUACAUUAAUGUUGCUCUCAAGAGGCUUGAAGGUUGUAGAACUUUGGCAGAAGGAACCAAGGCAGUUAUCAACUUGGGUCUUGAAAAUGUUCCUGUACCUGGAGAGUCUGGUUUUCCUUUUCCGGGCCUUUUCCCCCUUCCUCAAUCACACAAAGAAGCAGAAUUGUUCAGAAAUUAUUUGAAGCAGAUAAGAGAAGAAACAAGUGGAAGGUUACUAAGCGUUGCAUACAGACCUAAUGGCACUCCAAAUAAAUGGUGGUUGGCAUUUGCAAAAAGGAAAUUUAUGAAUGUAAUCACUCCUUCUUGAAUCAUAGAUUAGCUGUCAAAAAAGCACUUCAACACUAUUGAUCUACCAAUAAAAAAAUAUGAUGAUUCUUGAGGGCAUGUUGCUUGUCUAUUUUGAAUAUUUUAUUUCGAAAAUCCUCAACUACUAGCUAGGUAUAGAAAGAAUUCAUGAUGGUAAUCGUUUUCACGUCUACUUUGCUUCACAUGCUGAAGUGAGUGAUCAACUGAUCAUGAUUGAGCUAUGACCCCAACCUUUUGCUUGUGCCUUAUGUUUAGUUGUUGUAUUGAUCAUGAAGUUAUUGCAAAAUGGCAUCAUUUACACUA